AUGGGGAACGAGCGUUGGAAAACCGUGGGAGGAGCCUCGCAACUUGAGGAUGGGCAGCAGGAGAAAUCACAGAGGAUGAGCUGCGGGUACAUCCUGUGCACCGUGCUGCUCUCGGUGGCCGUCCUCCUGGCGGUGACAGUCACGGGGGCCAUCCUCUUCAUGAACCACUACCACACGCCCGUCACCGAGUCGCCCCCCGUCAUCAGCACCAACCCCGAGGAAGCCAACGCGCUGGUGACCAUCGAGAAAGCCGACAGCUCCCGCAUCAACAUCUUCAUCGACCCCAACUGCCCCAGCGCUGCCGGCACCCUGGGGCGCAUGGAGGGGCUGCAGACCUCCCUGCUGCGCGCCGUCACCGACCACGACGCCGAGGCCAAGGCCACCAAGAGCCAGCAGAAAGCUCUGCUGGUCACGGUGGCGGAUGAGGUGGCCAAGCUGCUGACCCACGCCGUGCAGCUGCGUGCUGACUGUGACAGCCUCAAGAAAGGGCACAGCGCCAUGGGGCAGGAGCUCAGCGCCCUGCAGGGAGAGCAGGGCAGGCUCAUCCAGCUGCUCUCGGAGAGCCAGACCAACAUGGCCCGGCUGGUGAGCUCUGUCAGUGACGUCCUGGACACGCUGCAGAAGGAGCGCGGCGGAGCCCGGCCCCGGCUCAAGGCUGACCUGCAGCGAGCCCCGGCCAGGGGAGCACGGCCCCGGGGCUGCUCCAACGGCUCCCGGCCCCGAGACUGCUUUGACAUCUAUGUGAGUGGACAGCAAGAGGAUGGGAUUUACUCCAUCUUCCCCACACACUACCCCGAUGGCUUCCAGGUCUACUGUGACAUGACAACGGACGGGGGCGGCUGGACGGUGUUCCAGCGGCGGGAGGACGGCUCUGUGAACUUUUUCCGUGGCUGGGAAGCCUACCGGGAUGGCUUCGGGAAGCUGACAGGAGAGCACUGGUUAGGGCUGAAGAGGAUCCACCUGCUGACGGUGCAGGGCAGCUACGAGCUCCGCAUCGACCUGGAGGACUUUGACAACGGCACCGCCUUCGCCCACUACGGCAGCUUCGGGGUGGGGCUCUUCUCUGUCGACCCCGAGGAGGACGGGUACCCCAUCACCAUCGCCGACUACUCAGGGACAGCAGGUGACUCCUUCCUGAAGCACAACGGGAUGAAGUUCACCACCAAGGACCUGGACAACGACCACUCGGAGAACAACUGCGCCGCUUUCUACCACGGCGCCUGGUGGUACCGCAACUGCCACACGUCCAACCUCAACGGGCAGUACCUGCGGGGCCACCACAGCUCCUACGCCGACGGCAUCGAGUGGUCCUCCUGGACCGGCUGGCAGUAUUCCCUCAAGUUCACCGAGAUGAAGAUCCGGCCCAUCCGGGAGGAGAAUUAG